AUGAGUUCGUCUUCUUCAUCUUUCAAAGUUCGAUACAGGAUGAUACCGACGAAAGAUGAUGGAUUAAGUGCGGCGGUCGGGAGAGUGGACGAAGAAUCCGAAGAGGUGGUACAAGAAGAAAGCGCCACGGGUUUCGAUAGCAAAUGGAGAUGGAUCACGGAAUUUCUUCCUCAAUGGAGAAGCAUUUUUGACCGGGAAACCUAUCCCGGCUCACUUCUGUUCAACACGGGAGCUUUCAUCCUCCCAGCUCUUUACUCCACCCUCAGCAAACUAUGGGUAGCCAACAUCGAUUCCACCCAAGUUGCAACCACAGAUGUAUACACCUAUAUCGGCAUUAUAGUAGAGGUACUCAAUGAAGGGCUCCCUCGAGCCGUCUGGGUUAUCAUAGCUGAUGAAUCAAAUCGAAGUCUUCGUUCACGAUUAACACUUACCUACACCCUCAUUUGCUUCCAAAUUCUAUUCGGCACUCUGCUCAUGAUAAUUUUUCUCGCAAGUGCCGAACAUCUCGCUGCGGCUUUCGUACCUGAGAUUGUAAGAAAAGCUAGUCUUACGUAUGUGAGAAUCUCGUCAGUACAAGCUUUAUCUAGUGCAAUGAGCACUGCUGUUGCAAAUUCAACACGAGCGUUGGAUCAUCCGGAUGUACCGUUGUUGAUCAGUUCUGUACAAUUUGCGGUGAAUAUCUUGUUGGACUUGCUUAUCAUUUCGAGGUUCCAUGUAGGCUCUUUCACACCAACAGUCAAUACACAGGCGUUGAUCAGGAUGACAUGUGAUCUUGCUUCUGCAGGAUGUGGCUUGCUAUAUUUUAUUUAUCUUGCUUUGAGAAUGCAACGGUCUACUUCUUCACCUUCCAUUCCACGCGAACCCGCAUCUUUUUCGGCGUCUCCAUCGAGGUCACUAUCGCCAUCCGAGUCAGGAAACGCAACGGAGCCAAAACCCAGAAUCAGCAUUUUAGCACUCAAAACACUCUUCAAACCAGGAAAAUGGACAUUCCUCGAAUCGGCUCUUCGCAAUGCUAUUUACCUAUGGCUUAUCCAUGGGAUCGUAUCUAUGGGCCUUGAUUAUGCUACUGCAUGGGGUGUAUUCAAUAAUAUCCGAUGGGGUAUUGUCAUGGUUCCGGUGAACGCAUUGCAGGCAUCUACAUCGACCUUCGUGGGUCAUGCAUGGGGAUCUUGGAGAAAGGGUGUUGGGGUUGAGACCAGGAAGCCGAGAGCUGAGAAGGCGGAUGUUCUAAAAAUUGUUCACCACGCGCUAGUAUCCAGUGUCAUUGCGCUUCUCAUAGAAAGCCUGUUCUGUAUCUUCCUUUCCCUCUGGGGCAUCCGCAAAUUUUCUGUCUACCUCUCCGAAUCCGCAGCUGUAGCGAAAAUCACAGAGCACAUGUGGAGAACAAUCGACUGGUGUUAUAUCUUCUACGCCGUCACCACACAACUUGCCGCUAUUCUCCUGGCUACUGUCCCGAAGCUUUAUUUUGUGCAAAGUCUGGGAAGUAAUUUAUUAUGGAUGUUACCUUGGGCAAUUGCGGUAAGUAGAAUUCACAUGACGAGCGAGAAUGCGUGGAUGUAUGAUGGGAUUAUCUUUGGGGGGGCACUGGUUUUUGAUUUUCUGAAUGUGGGUGUGGUACUUGGGGCGUGGUAUUGGGGAUUGAGGAGGGGGGGAUUGGUGGUGGGUUGA